GAUUCAAUACAAUACAAUCAUUUGAUAUAAUCUAUACUAAUUGUCAGUCGUUCAGUUCAGUGCAAGCUAGAUGAAAUGACUUCGGAAAAUGACAUUUUCGUUAAUUUAAAUAGAGAAGAUAUUGCCAAACUCAAGGAAAUAUACAGAGGUGUUGAACACGCCCGUGUUGUGCUUCCAUUCUUGGACGUUGCCGAAACAUGGUUUGGAGGAAGCGAAUUGAUCAUAACCUCACCUGGUGACGCUUGGAAGAAAGACGGAUCAAUCGUUGUGUUUAUGGACAUCGGCGUUGCCGCUAUAUUUCUCUUUUCCUUGGAUGAUACGAUCGAAAGAAUCUGUGAUGGACUUCUGAAAACUACAAGAAUCGAUCCCGGAAAGUCGUUCUACUUUCUCAACGUAUUGGAUAGAAGUAUAGAUGUGAUCCUGAAAGUCAUACAGAAAAUGGGUAGGAAAAUCGAGAUGAAUAAUGAAAAUUUUCUCUACACCAUGAACAUAGACAAAGCGAAGUCCUUGAAGGUCGAAUGUCCGCCAGAAGUUCACGUGGGAAGAUUGAAGGAAGAGCACGCAGAACAGAUCGAUAGAGUUUGGCCUCACCGCUUUGAGGGUUCCAUAAAUUUUGUGAGAGGAUGGUUGGCCAAAAACGUCGGUUUCGGACUGUUUUUGAAAGAAAACGACCAGCUGGUGUCUUGGGUGAUGCAGGGCGUUUGGGGACACAUGAAUUUGCUACAAACUGAAGAGAAAUACACGAGGAGGGGAUACGCUAACGUUAUGCUAAUGACGAUCACUAAAUAUUUGGCCGAACAAGGACAAACUCCAGUUGCUACGGUGUUAACGAGAAAUUCUGCGUCGAACAACCUCUUCAAAAAACAAGGAUUCGAGACUAAUACUAAAUCUUACUUCAUAUUGGUCAGUCAGUGUGUGUUAUGAAAUAUUACACUUUAUUAUUUACUUUUUUGAGACUAUUGACUCUUUUGAUAUUUCACUAUCUAUAAAAACCAAUUGUAUUCACUCUUGUUGUGCAGUAUCAAAUGUAACAAAUGCAUUUGUAAUAAAUACUACGUUAAACAAAUAGUUGCACAAAAAUAAUAAUACAGGUGAUGAUACCAAUAUGAUGAAAUGAAUACAAAUAAAAUCUGUACAAUACACAAAUUACAGUGAAUUCUUCUUAUUGUAGACAAAUUUGAAGAUGAUAGCAAGUACAGCCCAGCGCUUGGUUCUUAGACUCUUAUAUCGUGUAAAUGAAACCACUUUCAAAUUUUUCGAUUGAGUCGAUAACUGAAUGAUGUCGUCCAUGAAUUGUAAUUAAACUUGAAGCAUGUA